AAACAAUGACUGUAGUUCCUGUCUCGUCCUCUGGCGCGCUGUAAUUUUUUUAUUUAUUAUAUAAAUAAAAUUGUCUGUUGUAAAAAAAUUGCUAAUUACAAGGAAAUUCAUGCGAGUAGAAAAACCGAGUAAGAAGUGAAAGAAAAAUAAAUUUACCUUUCAGCUGAAAUUUAUGCUGCCAAGUUUGAUAAAUAUAACAGGCUGUCCUGUGGAGCUGCAAAUUGUUUUGCCCAAAAUAGAGUCUCUGACAAUUUGUUGAACAGCUUCUCUGAAACAAUUGAAAUAAUUGUGUUUUAAAUAAUCGUAUAUUCUAAUAUGAAUGCUUUACGUUCGAGUGUUAAAACUAUUAUCCUAAGUAAAGGAGUGCAUUCAGUAAAUUAUCAAGGGCAGAGAGGUAUUAAAAGAUGGGUGUCCGCGACACAAAUAGAAAUAACUAAUCGCAAGAAGAGGAUAGCUCGGUGGACGCCUCAGCAAGAACCAAAGCGUAAUACUUUCCUGGAUUGGAAUCGAUCUGCAGAAACUUAUGCAUUUAAUACAAGACUAUCCGAAAAAUUUAAUAUUGAAAAAUUGGAGCAAGCUUUCACUCACAGAUCAUAUGUUAUUCAAGAAGAGCAACGACAGAAAGAAAUGGGAAUAGAAGAGCCUAAGCUUGAUAUACAGGAUAAUACAGAGCUUAUUAUGAAAGGCGAGAAGCUUACCUCAGAAAUUGUACAAAAUUAUUUAACUCAAGCUUUACCUCGUGUACCAGAGAAUAUCAUAAUUUUAUUACAUGAUUAUCUUCUUGAUGAGGAAAUUCUUGCUAAGGCAUCCUUUCAUAUUGGUACAAAGGAUAUUAUCUUAACUGAAGAACAUCCAGUAGCACAGAAAACUUUAGCUGACACUUUCCUUGCACUUGUUGCGGCACUUGCAGAAAGUGUAGACGCCAAUCACGCGGCAAAUUUCGUUAAAGAUUUCCUAAUUGUAAUACUAGCUGAGAAAGAUUUAACAGAAAUCUGGAAUCCAGCUCAACCGGUUGAAAUUUUAAAUGAUGUUCUACAAAAACAAAACAGAUCGCCUGCUGAACCUAGGCUCAUUGGACAAGCAGGACAAAAUACACUUUUAGUCGUAUAUCAUGUAGCAAUGUAUUCUGACAAAGAGUUCCUCGGUUCAGGAUUUGGUCAAACUAUCCAAGAAGCUAAAAAUGUAGCUGCGAUAAAUGUUUUAAGCCGAAUGUAUGGUUUAUUAGAUUCUAGUAAACCAGUUAGAAUCGACAAAGCAAUAAAUAUAUUCUCAUAAAAAAAUA